AUGGAUGAGAAUGAUUUAAAUGAAAAUAAUCAAAAGUAUCAAAAUUCAAAUAUUGUAAAUUUUAUUCGCCCUUCAAAAAAUGACUCCAUUGCUGUUAAAAAUAAUUUCUUCUCUAAGCAUCCAAUACAACCUAUGAUUCCAACUUCUAAAGGUAAACUUAAUUUUAAAAUAAUUUAUUACAAAGAGUUGCCAAAUGGCGAAGUAGUUCAAAGAAAAUGGAUUUCAUACUGUAAAGUGUUUUUUUUUGUUCUAAUUGUAUGGUUUAUAUUGUAUAAGCCAGUUAAUUAUGGAGAAAAAGAAUCAAAGUUCAUAAGUGGGUAUAAAGCUGAUAUAAAAAUGCAGAAAUGCCUUUAUAGUGAUAUAAUAAGACAUGAAAAUUCAAUAUUCCAUCAGAAUUCUUCAUGUACUGCUGUUCGUUUUCGAUUAAAUAAAGAUAUUGAGUGUAUUAUAAAUCGUGAUGUCAUGGAAAAAAGGUCUCAAGAAGUACAAAGUCGAAGAAAAGUGCUUGAACGACUAAUAGAUAUUGUUGUUUUUAUUGACCGUCAAGGUAUCCCAUAUCGAGGUAAACAUGAAGUAACAUAUGCUUUAAGAAAUGUUGAAGAAAACCAUGGUAAUUUUUUAGAACUAGUUAUGUUAAUUGCUAAAUAUGAUACUAUUUCAAAUGAACAUGUUAAUAAGUCAAUUACACUUAGUGUAAAAGCUAAUUCUAAAAAAGGUCGUGGAUCUUUGAUUACAUUUAUGUCCAAAAAUUUUAUAAAUAAUAACAUAAUUAUACCAAUUGGAGCAGCAAUAUUCAAGGUACAAUAG